AUGUCCAGCUAUUCAUUUUGUGGCUAUGAUAUGAAUCAGAUGGAAGUGAUUUGCACGUCUUUAUUUCAAACACGAGAUGGUGAACGAUUAGUGAGAUUUUUUGAUCAAGUGGAAUCCGUUUACGGGGUGAAUUCAUUGGAACGAUUUGGUAGUGAGCCAAUGGUUGUAGCCUACGCCUACGCUCUCUUCCACUCAAAUAACUUUACAAAACUCUACAAUCUCCUUUCUACUCGUAACUUUGAUAAGAAAUACUUUGAUGAUCUAACAAAGAUUUGGUAUGAAGCAAAGUACAAAGAAGCUCAAUUAAACAGGAAAAGUGGAGAAGAAUUGACAGCAGUUGAACGACAUAGAUUGAGAAAGAGAACAGAACUUCCAUCGACAAUUUGGGAUGGUGAGAAAACAGUAUACAGUUUCAAGGAUUCCAGCAGGAGAUAUCUAAGAAAGUUUUUCAAAGAAGUCACAAGGAAACCGAAUCAAGAACAGAGAAAAGAACUUUCAAGAGUGACUGGAUUGAAUCUAACUCAGAUCUCAAACUGGUUUAAAAAUCGACGUCAACGACACAAAUGUGACCUAUCGGAUUCAUCCAGUUCAGGCUGUAAUCAGAGUUCACAAUAUUCAAACUUGGUCGUCCCGUUCCAUUAA